ACUAGCACUUGUACAUAUAUAUAUAUAAGUAACACACAAUCAUGGCAUUAGAACAAUCGUUGGCCGCUUUAUCAUUGGCUACUGUUUCUGCUGACUCUUCUGCAGUCGACACCAAGACUUUGGUCUUCAAACCAAAGACUGCCAAGACCGCCACUCCAAUCCCAUUAUUUGUAUUUGCAUUAACUGCAACUCAAACCCCAAGUUCAUACAUUGCCAAAGCCGCUGGUGUCAAGGAACCACGUUUGGCCAAUGACGAAUUGGUUCAAGAGUUUUUUGCCACCACCACCAAGGAAGUUUCCAUUGCCAGCUUGUCCAGUGCGUUGGCUGGGAAGGUUAAGCUUGUCGUUGAUGCUGCUGUUUUCAAGGCCGCUGAAACCGACGCUGUUUUGAAAUUGACCACUGAGUCUUCCGGAGCUGCUCUUCCUGCCAAGACCGUUGUUGAAUUCUUGAAAUCUACCGGAAUUGAGUUGAUUGAAGUUGACUUCUCUGUUGAACCUGCUGCUGCUGCUGCCCCUGCUGCUGCUCCAGCCAAGAAGGAAAAGAAGGAAAAAGACUCUGGUAAGAUAGAAGAUGCCAAAUUGAUCGGUAUCACCUACGAUAAGGAAAAGGAUUUCUCCAGUUGGUACACUGAAAUUGUCACCAAGGGUGAAUUAUUGGAAUACUACGACGUUUCCGGUUGUUACAUCCUUAGACCAAACUCUUACUUUGUUUGGGAAACCAUUCAAGAUUGGUUCAACGUCAAGAUCAAAUCCUUGGGUGUUCAAAACACUUAUUUCCCAAUGUUUGUCUCCCAACGUGUUUUAGAAAAGGAAAAGGACCACAUUGAAGGUUUUGCACCUGAAGUCGCCUGGGUCACCAGAGCCGGUUCAUCUGAUUUAGAAGAACACAUUGCCAUCAGACCAACCUCUGAAACCGUCAUGUACCCAUACUAUGCCAAGUGGAUCAGAUCCCACCGUGAUUUACCAUUGAAGUUGAACCAAUGGAACUCGGUUGUCCGUUGGGAAUUCAAGCAUCCUCAACCAUUCUUGAGAACCAGAGAAUUCCUUUGGCAAGAAGGCCACACUGCCCAUUUGACCAAGGAAGGUGCCCAACAAGAAGUUUUGGAAAUUUUGGACUUCUAUGCCGCUGUGUACGAAGACUUGUUGGCUGUUCCUGUUGUCAAGGGUAGAAAGACUGAAAAUGAAAAGUUUGCUGGAGGUGACUACACCACCACUGUUGAAGGUUUUAUUAGUGCUACCGGUAGAGGUAUUCAAGGUGGUACUUCCCAUCACUUGGGUCAAAACUUCUCCAAGAUGUUCAACAUUGCUGUUGAAAACCCAGAAGGGGCCGAUAAGCCAAAGGUUUUUGCUUAUCAAAACUCUUGGGGUUUGUCAACCCGUGUCAUUGGUGUUAUGAUCAUGACUCAUUCUGAUAACAAGGGUUUGGUUUUACCACCAAGAGUUGCCCAAAACCAAGUUGUUAUCAUCCCAGUUGGUUUAACCUCCAAGACCUCUGAUGAACAAAGAAAGCAAAUCAAUGAAGGUGCCGAAGAAAUUGAAGCAAGAUUAAAGAAGUCUGGUGUUAGAGCCAUCGGUGAUUAUAGAGCUAUUUACAACCCAGGUUGGAAAUUUGCUGAUUGGGAAUUGAAGGGUGUUCCAGUCAGAUUAGAAUUUGGACCAAAGGACUUGGCUCAAAACCAAGUCACUGCUGUUAGAAGAGAUGAUGGAUCCAAGUACACUAUCAAAUUGGAAGAAUUGGAACAACGUAUUCCUGAAAUCUUGGAUGAAAUGCACAACGCUUUGUUGUCCAAGGCUAGAAACGAUUUCGACGCUCAUCGUGUCAAGGUUGAUGAAUGGAAGGAUUUCGUUCCAACUUUGAAUGCCAAGAAUGUUAUCUUAUCUCCAUGGUGUGGAGAUGCUGAUUGUGAAGAUGAUAUCAAGGAUUCUUCUGCCAAGAAGGACAACGGUGAAGACGAAGAAGUUGACGAAAAGGCUCCUUCCAUGGGUGCCAAGUCUUUGUGUAUUCCAUUUGAACAACCAGAAUUGAAACCAGGACAAAAGUGUGUCAAGUGUGACAAAUUGGCUUCUACUUACUGUAUGUUUGGUAGAUCUUAUUAGAUGUAUGUAGAAAUGAAUUAAUGUACAAGUGUCUAUAUAUACUGCUUCCAAAAGGAAGACUUGUCUAGUGAAGCUAUAUCUUUGGUGACUGCUUUGACUCUGUUCUCGUCGGUCAACUCCAAACAAUAUAUCUUGUCUACUCCUAGUGACUUUACAUACUUCCAAGUCUUGUCGUAGUGGAUACCAAUUUGUGUAAGUGAAUGAGCAUCAUCAGAAAGACAAAACCUAGCAUCACCAUAUUUCACAAUGGCAUCAGCAAUGUCGCGUUUAGGGUAUGAAGUAUCCCAUCCUUUUCUCAAUGCUGACGAGUUCAACUCAAAUAAUCCACCAUACUGUUUGACACAAUCGAUGUUUUGUACUAUCAAGUCCCAAACCUCGGGCCAUUCGGCUUCUAUGUUGACUUCGGAGGUGAGUUUUCCUGUCGUGGUAUCUAUAUCAUCCGCAGGAAGCAAUAGACGAAUCAAGUCAAAAUGACCCACCACCAUUGGUUUCAAACCGGAAAUUACCCGAUAUUGCAAGGCAAAGUAAUCUCUAAACAACGCUCUAGUGGUUUUCUCGGUAGUUGCUUCUCUCGCCCUUUGCCAUAACUCAGGAGUGAAGUCUAUGGGAAUCUGAUGUACGAAAUGCACUGAUCCAACCAUCAUCUGGAUGGAGGGAUUACGUGCUAGUAAAGCUUGGGAAUAUUCAAUAUGCGGGUCGUCUAUACCCUCCACUUCAAAACCAAGUAUUAUCUUCAUUCCAUCCUUAUCAUUAUAUCGUUGUUGUAAUUGAACAACAUGAUUGACAUACUUGUCGAAAUCUUGUACCAAGUUAUCAAUGGAGUAAUCUCUGUCAGUCUCUUCCGGAUAUAAAAACCUCAGUUCGAGUCGGGGCAUAUGUUCAGUGAGACAUACUGUUUGAAACCCCAUCUGGUGAUACUUUCCCACCAUGGAUUCAAGGGUAUCACUUGCAUGGGAGAUCAGUUCGCUCAAUCCAACCAUCAAGGAUAUGCAUGUGAACCCACCUCAACCAGAUACACUUAUAUCCGUACAAGGAUUUGUUAAAAACAUACGACAAUUUCGUAAAGUUGGGUUUGUAGAUAUCAACGACGGGUCAAUAUUCAAGAACCUCAAUGUCACAUUGAAGAAUCCUACCGAGAUCCCUGAUUUGAAAAUCGGUCAGAGUUUAAAUGUCAAGGGUGAUUGGGUAGUUAGUCCUGGUAAACAGCCAUUUGAAUUGGUGUAUGAUAGCAAGAACCCAAAUCACGAGAUGAAGAUUGUCGGUGAUAUAGCUGAGGAUUAUCCCGUCCAUAAAGAAAUGACUGUUGCCCAUUUGCGCCAGUUCCCUAGCUUGAGACACAGAACUUCCAGCUUGGCUUCUAUCCUCAGAUUGAGAUCGUUCUUGGAGACAAAAUUCAUGGAAUUUUUCAAUAGCAGAAACUUCACCAAGGUCACGCCACCAAUCAUAACCAGUUCAGAUUGUGAAGGAGCAGGAGAAGUGUUUAAAGUGGAACCAGUUGAGAAAACUGAAGAAGCUUUCUUUGGUAAGGACUCUUAUCUUACCGUAUCUACUCAGCUUCAUCUUGAAGCGUUAUCACUCGCCUUGAAUCGUGCAUGGACAUUGACCCCGUGUUUUCGCGCAGAAAACUCAAAGACGACUCGUCAUUUAAGUGAGUUUUGGAUGCUCGAAGCGGAGUUGUCCUAUAUUGACAAUCUUGACCAAUUGACCGGGUUUACUGAAGAUAUGGUGAGAUACGUCACCAAGUCAUUAGUUAAGGAUGUUUUAGAAAAGGGGACUAGUGCCAACAUUGAUGAAACAUUUGAAAGUGGUGAUGGAGCUGACUUAUUGGGCUCCUCAUUCGGUUCGAAUGAACAAGUGCUUAAGAGAUGGUCUGCUUUAUUAACCCCUGAUAAAUGGCCAAGAAUGACAUAUACCGAGGCAGUAGAGCAUUUAAACAAACAAUUACCUAGAGAAGAACAAAUAGUAUGGGGAGAUUCCUUAUUACUUAAGCAUGAAAAGCAACUUGCCGAGAAUUCACCAAUUUUCAUUACUGAUUAUCCAGUCUCACAAAAACCAUUUUACAUGUUGAAAUCCAAAGACUUUAAUCCAGAUAAACCUACCGUGGCCUGUUUUGAUUUGUUGAUUCCUGAAUUUGGUGAAUUGGCUGGUGGAUCAUUAAGAGAACACAACUACGAUAUCUUACUCCAAGACAUGAAGAAUCAUGGUAUGAACUUAGAAGAUAUGGAAUGGUAUUUAACAUUAAGACGUAAUGGAACCAUACCACAUGGUGGUUUUGGGUUAGGUUUUGAAAGAUUAAUUACAUAUCUAUCAGGAAGAGAAAGUUUAAGAGACAUUUCGGCAUUCCCUCGAGCUCCUUCCUUGUGUAGUUGUUAAAUGUCCUUGUAAAUAGCAUGUACAUAGUAGAUCUUAUUCCAAUGUUGCGAAAGCCAUAUUUAGAAGAAACAUUGAAAUUUCUUGGCUCUCGAUUAGUUAACUUUAAAUUGUAGAAUGUGUCUGUAUACUUUAGUAGUACGAAAGAGGGAAAGGUAUGGUUAUGGAAUAAUCCAGU